UCGGCUUGUGGGUUGGGAAUGUCUCGGUCCCGUAAUGAUUCUUCUUUGUCUGGUUUCGGGCCUGGGGGGGUAUACCUUGCACAUGCAGGAUCCAGCAGGAGGUCAACCUGCUGCCAAUCCUGCAGCGGAGCAACCCUCCAACGUGCCAUCAGGCGCAUCGACCUCGGGCUGGAGAAGUUUCGAAGAACGUGUGUUGUUAGAAUCGAUGCCAUCUUCAAACGAAUCCAGCGAAGCGAGCGUGAAUCAGCAGCCUGUGAUUCCCGAAGAGCCUCCGCUUCUCGAUGAGAACACCCGGCGAGCAGAGCUCGCUGCUCGAUUGCGGACUAAUUGGUGGGGUGUAGCUUAUACGGAUACAAUUCUGGACUCCUUUGUUCGCACUCAACUCCACAUUGAAAAGCAUAUCGAAGCCGCACUUGUGGAGGACGGGUGUUCCCCUCAAGUUGUCUUUGAAAGAAGACAUCAGAUUCGGGGCUUUCUUUUCUAUCCGGAGGGACGUGCGCUUAGGGAAGACACUUACGCGGAUUUUAUGACCCCCGUCUUUCUUCAGAAGAUUUCUACCUAUCGCCUUUCUGACCAUCCCCUGGAGACGUUGAAGGGGAAAGCUAUAUUCUCCAUUAGCAGGGACAUACGCGAGCAGCUCCAGGAAAGCGAACAUAGCUAUACAAAUCACAUAUUGUAUAAUGCUUUCCAAGUGCUGCUCGCGCAGUAUCAGACAGAAUUUCAUGAAGUCAGCGGUCUCCCUACUGCACUGGCGACAUAGCUAAAACCAGAGGCUGACCAAAGAGAUACAGGAAUGGGCAUUUUAGAAUAGCCCUUACCGUCUGUGGAUAUAAGUAACUUAGUGCAUUGCAUGUAAGGCUUGGAAGAAGAAAAUGAAAUACGAACAACCGCGCUGGUCGUAAUAGAUCGACUUUCAUGCUAGUUCUUGCUCCAGCAUGAAAGUUCCAUUUCAGGGAAGGCUUUUUGGACUAAGGGUACCAUGAUACUUUCUGUUUUGUCGAGCCCUGCUUUGGUCUCUGGUUUGAUGGUUGCACGUGCUAAAAAUCCGGUACAUUCCGUUUUGUUUCCCAUCCCAGUCUUUCGCGACACUUCAAGUUUACUUCUUUUGUUAGGUCUCGACUUCUCCGCUAUGAUCUUCCCAGUAGUUCAUAUAGGAGCUAUAGCCGUUUCAUUCCUAUUCGUUGUUAUGAUGUUCCAUAUUCAAAUAGCGGAGAUUCACGAAGAAGUAUUGCGCUAUUUACCAGUCAGUGGUAUUAUUGGACUGAUCCUUUGGUGGGAAAUGUUCUUCAUUUUAGAUAAUGAAACCAUUCCAUUACUACCAACCCAAAGAAAUACGACCUCUCUGAGAUAUACGGUUUAUGCCGGAAAGGUACGAAGUUGGACUAAUUUGGAAACAUUGGGCAAUUUACUUUAUACCUACUAUUUCGUCUGGUUUUUGGUUCCUAGUCUAAUUUUAUUAGUUGCCAUGAUUGGGGCUAUAGUACUGACUAUGCAUAGGACUACUCAGGUAAAAAGACAGGAUGUUUUCCGACGAAAUGCUAUUGAAUUUAGGAGGACUAUAAUGAGGCGGACGACAGACCCACUCACGAUCGACUAAAAGGAAAGUCGCCCGGAGAUAUUGGUUC